AGCUUGAAUAAUUCAUUUAUAUUUGAUCAGCCCCCUAAUUCUUGGACUAAUAGUUUGGAAGGUUAUGUUCCAUAACUUCCUUCAUUUCUAUAGGUACAUUCAUUUAUAUCAUGAAUGCACGGCGGUUUUCAAUGAGUCACAUCUGCUACUUGGGGAACGUGCACCGAUUUCAAGUGUAUAGGUCCGUGACGACCUCUCAAGGACAGUAAGGGAGGGUAACGAGAUUAGGGUUGUGACUCAUGAAUGGUAGAAAGUUUUUCGAAACGGUGCACUAUGGCCAUCUGUUGCCAGACUGCUGAAAUGUAGGGUCCGUGAUCAGCCGUCACCUUUCUUCUAAGGAAAAUAAUUCAUAACACAGUGGUACCAUCCUUCCCCUUCUCCGUUCUACACAAAUUCUCGGACAACCUUGAGACGACACCCGUCCGACACACCAACCAACAAACGCAACUUUUCUUUCUUGCUCAGCAGUUCGCCGCCCCACGGCUUCGUCGCCAUGGCAGUGCUUACGGAUUUACCAAUUGAAGUUCUACAAGAGAUUGCAAGUAAUCUUUGGAGCCAUAAAGACCUUGCAUCCCUCACCCUCACCAAUCGAAAGCUAUGCUGCGCUACCAACUACGUUCUUUACAAAACUUUCGGAAGUUAUGCCAUCGACUAUGCCUCUGAGCACCUUAGGCUUGACAUGUUGGAUCUCACCGCGCAUUUCGGCCACGGCAUACAUGAUAAUCGAGACUGGGCAAUUCGUCAAGCUUGCCUCUACGGACAUGUAGAAGUGGUUGCUUGGUUAUUAAACCAUGGUGCGCUGGUGGACGCGUCCGUUAUCCAUUGCGAGCAUUGCGACCGUUAUGAUCAUGUAGCGGACCGCGAACUUUCAUCGCUGCAUUCCGUGAUCGAAAGCCGGAAUGAGGACGUCGCCAUCCUUCUACUUUCAUGUGGUGCCGUCCCCCAAUUCAGUCAAUACGGACCCGACGGGCUUCGGCGAGCGAAUCGUCGCUUAGGUUGCUGUGAAUCGGCUAUUCAUCUUGCUGCCGAGUUUGGCAUGCCGCGGGUAGUGGAGUUUCUCGUGCAGAGAAAUAUAUUUUCCGUCGACGAGAGAGAUCAUGCGGGACGAACACCUCUGCAUGUGGCCAUCCUUGCGGGUGCUUCCAACACAUGCGCAAAGUUGAUUGAGCUUGGAGCGGAUCUCGAGGUUGAGGAUGACCAGGACCAUUGUCCGUUAACGUCUGCACUGGUGAACCACCGCUACGUUCAGGCACUUCAAUUGAUCGAUGCCGGCGCGAAGGCCGAACCCGAUAACGUACGCCCCGGAACACGACAUCCCACCACCGCUUGCGCCGUGCAUCCCUAUUACUCCGGUGACCGCCCCUACCUAUUCGAGAUUGAGGAUGAAUAUGAGAAUCCACCAUACACCGAUCUGCAGUGCACGAUCCUUUCUAAGCUCGUGGAGGCCGGUGCAGAUAUCAACAGAAUCUGCAGUGAUGGAAGUACUCCGCUUUGUACUGCAGUUGUGAAAGGAACACCCCAUCAAGUGUCCCAUAUCCUAGACCUGGGUGCGGAUGUGAACGCUCGAGACGGACAAGGAUCCACGCCAAUGAACCUUUUAUGGGUGGAGGGAUGGGAUCAUCACCACGAAGUUUGGUGCUGGGACAAGGCACGUAUGCUGCUGAAAGCUGGUGCAGAGUUGGACAGCCGUCAAGCUUGGGAUCGAAUUAGGCAUCUACAGGUGAACUUCUUUGCAUGUCAUAGUUGGGGAUCCUGCAAACAUCUCAGGAGCAACCAUCCUGAGAGAUGCGACAUUUUUUCGAAAACGCACUUUGAGGAGUUGUUGAGAGAAUUUUGGGACGGGCCGGCACGUCAGACGGCUUGGCAAUUCAUGGAAGACGCGGAUUUAUGGAAUAAACCGGCUUUUUAGGUACCUGGGAUAGGUAUUGAAUGAAAGAAAUUCACAUAUAAGAAAUGGUGGUGUUAUCUUGGUUUGAGUAGUAUAUAUGGUGAACAGUGGUCGUAGUAUGGAAU